AUGCCACUCACCCGGGCGUCAAAACGCUCAGGAAGCGCUCGCUUCCAAAAAACAGGGCACACAAAUGUAAAGAAGGCGAGAUUGUCUGUUGAACGGCAUGAUGAAACGAUUACAAAUGAAAAUGAUGAAAAUCGGCGGGAAACAUCGCCUGAAGCAAUUAUUCAUAAUCUGGAACACAUUAUUGAGGAAAUCCUAGGCGAAUCUCAUCUUCCUGACGCUGUCGCGAUCGAGCUUAAAGGAUUCGACUCGUCUGUGACAACGAUUGAUGAAUAUAAUGAGAAAAGAAACCAAAUUCGUCAGAUUCUUGGCAAAAACACCGAGUUUUUCGACAAAAAAACCGAAUUGCACCUGAACGAAGCAGUGAUUGCCAAUGUGAAAGUCGAAGUGGAUCGGAAAAUUACGACGAGACGAAUGAGCAAGCAGUUCGAAACUGUUUGCGGUGUUCAGGAAGAUGAAUUCCUCUAUCGCGGUCUCGAUUUACGAGGAAGAGAAUCGCAAGCAACAAAAGAUGUCAGCGACACCCGUAUGGCGUCGAUCGUUGAAUCUGUCGUUGAUUUUCAGAAGCAGUUGAGAUGGAAGUCGAAUAUUAUGGAUUUGGUAAAAGAGAAAUCUCAAAUUAUAGAUUCGGAAAUGUUGCCAAUGUCGGAUGGACCCUGUCGUCGAACUCGCGGCGGUAAAGCGGAGAAGGAUAAGCAGAGGGAGGAGACAAAAAUGAGGCAGAAGCUGGAAGCGAAAGCGAAAAAAGCUCGAAAGCUUGCUGAUGGUGAUCCGUUCAAAACGCCGCAGAAGAAGGUCGAGUUCAAUGCGCUCGAUGAACGACGAAUCAUUGAGAAUUACGCGCUCGAGGUAGCAUCCGAGGUUCGCGACAAUUGUCAGAAGAAUAAGCGUCCGAUCGCGCCGAUUCCGUUUGACAUCAACAUUCUCGACGAUGAUUCCGACGAGGACGAUUGUAAAAUGGAGCUCGGCUAA